AUGGCGCCCGGCCGGCCGGCGCCCCGCGCCUCGGUGCACCGCCCGGGCCGCCUACGCCGCCAGGCCGCCGGCCGCUGGCCUCCUGCCCGCCGUCCGCAUGGCUCCCGAUCAGCAGGUCAGGGGCGCGCCCGGGAGGACCCCGAGGCCGCCUCGGGCUCCCCGCACCAGGCAUCCAAGCACCAGGACCAAAGAACUAAACUCCGUCCGGGCCGCCCCCGGGGUCCCCCCAGCGCUUCCCAACUGCGGCCGUCUCCAGGCGUCCCGCCUCCCCCCGACGGCUGCCGGGGAGCCGGGGAGACGGACCGCGUCCUCCGCUCCCCAUUCCCGCCUCGGGCCACUCCCGGCUCCAACAGGUUCUCCCCCGAACCCAAACUUGGGCGAAGUUUCACCCCCUGCGCCUCGCGAGCCCGGGGCUCAGAGCCUCCGGCGCGGCGCGGCGCAGUCAGCGGAUCCCGAGGACCGAGUCCCGGAGUCGCCGCCGCCGCCGCCGCCGCUGGAGCCCGAGCCGGGAGGACGCAGACAAAGCCGGGAGGCCCGGCGCAGCGGCCGGCGCCGCGCUGGUGGAGGCCGCGGCGGCCAGCAGACUUACCCGGCCGGUGCGCGCCCGGGACGGCCGAGGACGGAGGAGCCGGGCCGGAGCCGCGAGCCGAGGCGGAGCGGGGCGAGCGCGGAGCGCGGCGAGCUACAGCUCCCGCCGCCCUCUCCGUGCGCCCGCCGCCUCCUCUGCCGCCGCGCCGCCCGCCGGCCCCGAGGGAGGGGGCGCGCCGGCGGCUCCACCCUCCUCCGCCCGCCCCCCGCGCCCCCUCCUUCCUGCUUGGCUCCCGGCUACCUGUCAGCUCGGCGGCGGCCGCGCGGAGAUGGGGACGCGGCGGCCGCCGAGACGCGCUCCGGAGGACCGCGCCACCCGCUCCCGGCUCGGGGACCGGGAGUCUGCCCCUGGGUCGGUCCCGGGAGGAGUGCGCCCGGCCCGCUGCGGCUGCCCAGAAGGGGGGCCCUUCCUGA